AUGUCGACCUCCAGGCACGAAACCAAUCGCCGUCCAGUCGGUCACGAUGUCGAAAUGCGUAUCGAGCGUUUCAAGAACUAUACGAUCAUAGCUCUUAUCAACUUCACGACUUUUAUCGCCUUUGCCGGACCAUUCUGGAUGUUCAUUACAGUUGUUCCGUCUACUAUGGUUUUACCGUCUACUCUGCCGUUCACUCUGCCGUUCGCUCUGCCAUUUACUCUCUCGUCUUUUAUGUCCUUCGCUUUACGUUGGACAUGUAUUAUCACUCUAUACUACGAGUUCAUCACGAAAAAUCAGCUGUUCUUCAAGAUUAUGGCGAUGACAGGGAGGCACUACAUGCUAGAGCUUGGGAACAACAAGCGUUCACAGAACCAAGACCUGGGAGCACGCACCACUGGCCUCGAAGAUUGGAUCCUGGCGAAUUUCUGCGUCAUCGCUAGUCUAUCAACCAUCGGGUUUGUGGUACGGUACUGGUAUCAAGUCAUUGUGCUUACUCUCCAGUCGUUCCUCUACUGGACGUGCACAAUAAGUGGUCUCUGUUUGCUUUUCUGGUUGCUGAAGCGAGUUUUAAGCUACUACCGAAAAGUCAAAGGACUUAGACACGAAGACGCAUGGGGUGUCCUGAUUAGUGUCAAUCUUCUACGAUUCUAUAAUCGAUUCGAGGGAUGUCGCGCUGAUGGGGUCCCUGGACUACUUCUUGAUGCUGGUCGCGUUCCGUUUGAGAUACUCAAGUUCCUAGUUGAUUCAAUCGGCUUUCAACUUGGUAGUGGGCCUUUGUUUGGUAAGUCUGUAGCGCAAUUAAUUUCAAGCAGUAUCCUGACUCUCGGCAGACCGCUUACCAGAUGGUUGGAAGGCCGCAAGAAGAUCUUGUAG